UUAAAGGAAUCAAAGUGUAAAAAUUUUCGUAUAUCAAAAUUUUCAAUAAAAACAACUGGCGGAAAGUGUCCACGUAACAAAACUUUAGUAUAUCUUUUAAAAAAUCAAAUUUUUAGUCAUGGAUCCUAUGCUAAUUGUUUCCCCAAAGGAUAAACUCCGUUUCUCAAAAACGGGUGAACGUGAAUGUCUUUUGCAUCUUAAAAAUUCGGUUAAUACUCCAAUUACAUAUAAGAUUCAGACCUCAUCACCAUCGAAAUUCCGUGUCAGACCACGUUUUGGUGUUUUGCAACAAGGCGAAUCAGUAAAUGUUGCCAUUGUUCUAAAAAAUCACGUAAAACUUAAAGAGGGAUUCGAAAAAGAUAAGUUUCUCAUAAGUGCUAUGCUAGCUCCUCCUAAUUUGAAUGGACCAGAAGACAUGCAAAUGUUUUGGAAACAAGUCCCUUCAAAGUCUUACAAAAUGGAGCAACAUUGCGUAUGCUGUGUAUAUGAUGUAUCAAAAGAGCCCGUGGAAUGUUUAUGUUGUCAAAGGUCAAAGAUGAUAGAUAAUCCCAUUGAUACAAUAAAACCUUGUGUUGACGUACAAGAAAACCAGAUGAUAAUAGAAGAAAAGGAGGAGGACUUGUGUCAAGUUGUUAAGGAAACUGUUGAGAAUCCAAAAAAUUUACUAGAAAUUCGAAUGUGGCGGACACAAAUUAUGCAAUUUAUUAUGGCUCUUAUGUUGAUACUUAUUACUGCAGGUUGUGGAUACUUACUGAAGAAGCAAUCCGAAAUUGACAUUCAAACUGAAAUCGGAUGUUGUGUUCAGGACAUCCGAUUUCGCUUGAAACAAGAUAAGCAGAAUAAACUUACAUGUCCACAAAAGCGAUGGUAUUAUUAAGCGUGGGAUGUAGACGGUCUUACAAAUGCGCCUUUUGGAUGUGGUUUUCAAUAUUUAAAAGUGUGUUUUAAUGUGUUUUUGUCAUACUGAAAUUUACAGAAUAUGUACAUAUUACAUUCCUCUUUACAACUUUUUCAAAUACGACUUACAAGGGGGAUAAAUAAAAUUUUGGGUAUAAAAGAAAUAUAUAUUGAAUAUGUUGAAAGUGUAGGAUUAAAUUGAUAUAUAAUAUAUCCCAAACAAUUAUCAGUCAAAUUUCCGAAAUUUUAAUUUUUAAACUAAUUGAACUCAUCACAGGUUUUAUUUAAACACA